UUAGCUGUGUUUCUUUCAGACACAGCUUUUGUGUACCGAGCAAAAUCGAAAGUCGUCAGAUCGGGCUCAAACUUGGGAUGAGCACGAAUUAGGGUCCCCACAUUCCAAAAAACGUAUGCGCCAAAAAUUUUUUUUUCCGGCCGUCCGGCCGUCCGUCCGGCCGUCCGUCCGGCCGUCCGGCCGUCCGUCCGGAGUUCAGAGCUAAAUUGCAAGAGAACGGUAAUAGAUAGAGACUUGCGGUAAACGGCAAAGUUUAAAUAUCGACCGGAAGACAUCCGAUUAUGACGUCAAAUUUUACCCCCCACCCCCGCGUCCGCCAUUUUGAAUAACCUCAAAAUUUUGUUUUCGCUAUAUCUCAGUCCCUGUAACAGCUAAAAAUCUGAAAUUUUGAUAUGUUGUAGGGGCCAUCAAGAGCUUUCCAACGAUACCUCAUUUUCGAAAAUCGGUCAAGCCGUUUAGUCAAUAUGGCCGUCACAAUAUUUCAUCGAAAAUCGACCAUAACUCGAAAACGGCUUGACCGAUUUUGAUCAACCCGGGCUCAAAUGAAAGCUCUCAACAAACCCUACAACUCUCUAGAACAUCCAAAGUUUCAAAAGUGACCGCUAGGGGGCCAAAAAUCAAAAACAAAAUUUUCGAUGAGUUUUCGAUGAAUAUCUCGAAAACGCCAUUAUCGAUUUGCUUCAUUUUUUGAUAUGUUAUAGCUGACUAUAUUAUCUAGCUCCAUGCCAAAAAUGAAGAAAAUUUAUGUCGCCGUUCUCGAGAUAUAGCCUUCCAAAGUUAGCAUGUCAUAUCUCGGGUUCUACAAGUCCAAUUUUAAUCAACUCAAGCGCAAAUGAAAGGUUUCGUGAAACCCUACAAAUGUCUAGAACAUUGCAACUUCGAGAAAUGACCGCGAGAGGCGCUAAAGUCAAAAUCAAAAUUUUCGGAAAUUUCGAACUCGAAUAUUUCGAAAAUGCCAUUAUCGAUUUACUUCAUAUUUUAAUAUGUUAUAGUUGAGAUUAAGACCUUUCCAACGAUGGUCUAAAAACGAAAAUCUAUGGAGCCGUUCCCGAGAUAUGGCCUUCUAAAGAUAUCUUAGGAACCUCUUUCCCAGCUUUGCGGACGAAUGAGAAACCUGCAUGAGACGGAUGUAGGUGCAAUUUCAGUGAGAUUCUCUCACUUGCAUGUCACUGAUACUGUUUUACUCGCACGGAAGGUUUUUCUCAAUUUUCUCACAAAUUUUCAUGGUAAAAUUGUGUUUUUUGUGACCCGAAAGCGAUGCUGAGUCGAUUGGUUUCCAGCUCCAAAAAUUCAAAAUUCGCGUCAAAAAAUGUCGUGCAAAUUUCGCAAAAAUUUCCGGCGAGUUGUAUCCUCUAACUUUAACUAAAAGUACUUGGGGCCCCCUAUGCAUCCACAGCGAUUAUGAAGCCCUUAAAAUGAGUUUUUCUUGUGUAUUUAUGUUUUCCAACAAAUUGGCGGUUAGUGUACUACAUUUAACGGAUUUCCUAUAAAACAUUUCAAACUUUCGUGAAACAUGUUUCGUCUUCUUCUUCUUCUUUUGUUUUGCAACAAACGUCAGUGCCUUUGCAACUUUCGCGGUAUUUACAUGGUGGCGUAUUUUGUGCAGUGAAAAAGUGUUUAUUUUCGUUAUUUAGGCUUAUUUUCUUGAUAGAUUAGUGUAAAGUAGGGCGUAGAUUCGCGUAGUGGAAGUGUACAGUGUGAAAUACUCGUGAAGUGCAGUGAAAAUCGCUUAAAAAGUACUAUGAGUGUUGUGGGGAAUUUGGGCGGUGCGGGGGGAAAUUUGUGUUGUGCUGGAGCCCCCGCCGCGGGGGCGGGUGAUUUCUUUUUUCAGGUAAGUAUUUGUUACUUUCUAUCCGUGUCUUAAGCUAGAAAUUAAAAUAUUUAUCAAAGUGCGUCACAAAAGUGCUCCCAAGUAAACAAUUUUUUUGCUAUGGAAUUUUUCCGCGGAACUAUUCUGCGGAAUUAUUUCUCAAAUAUUUUCCAUGUAAUUUUGUUGUUUUUAUUCAGUUUAUAUUUUCUUACGCACCCUGGGCUCUACAAAAUAGGAAAAUUUUAGUUUUCACGUGCAACAAUGUGUGAUUUAUGAGAUAAAUUGCAAUGAAAAACCCUCGGGAGUGAUUCCUUUGGGACAAUUAAAUUAUUUUCCAGCCAUAGAUUCCCACAAUUCUGAUUUUUUUUUAUCAUAUAAGUAAAUUUAGGGUUAUGUAAGCUUGAACAUUUUUCUUCGCGCAAAAUACAGUGCACGUCCACAUUUACGAAUAUAAUUGAUUUCAAAAGAAUUCUCAAGUCGAGGCAAGAUUUUAAAAUCGUUUUUUUUUUUUUCAAACUCUAAAUUUCCUUUUCAUUAUUUUUGUAUGAAUACCUUGAAGUUGAUUGACAUAUUAUCAGUCAAAUAAAAGUGCUUUUAUUCAAUUUACAUUAAUAAAAAAAAGAAAAUUGGUUUUUAUUCCGAUAUACUCAUUUAACAUUUUUUUCUCAGCACUGUAUUUGAUGAUAAAAGGGUAGAAUUAUGCCUUCUGACAAUUCUUGGACCUACAUACGUGUAUUUUGCUCCAUUGCUCAAGCACAUUUUCCAGCUAAUAUAUUCUAUACGGACUUAUUUAUUAAUAAUUUUUGUCUCUUUUAGAAAAAAAAAUUUAAUAAGAAACAUCAUAAAUAAAUACCUGAAAAUGUUUGAAACAUGUUUCACAACCCUAUGACGUGUUUCAAUGAAAUACAAAAAGGGCUUUAUUCAUUUUAUUUUAAAAAAUCAGCAAGGAAUGUGCAGCAAAAAAAAAAACGUUUUUUAUUGAAAUAUGGCUAGUAGAAAAAAUUUGGAAAUGUAAAAAAUAAAGACCGAUAAAAAAGAUUUUUUGGAAAAUUCUAGAUUUUCAAUGUACAUUUUUUUUUACUUUUUUCGCCUCUUUCCCAAAAUUAGGCACCUUCACGCGUUUGCAAAAAGAUUUUCCCAUGCAUCGGCCAGAAUUUUUCUUUAAUUUUCUUUCGAAAUCUCCUUAGUUACAAUAUUUUAUAAUAAAAUAGUUUUUUGACUUUUAAGGAAUUUCUAGAACAAAUUCCGUUAGCUUCUUAAUCAAAAUCGAAAUAAAACAUGUUUCAUUACAAAAAUGCUUCAACUUUCUAAUAAAAAAAUAUUCGUAAAGUUUUAAUUGAUUUGGGCAUUUUUCAGCUUCCAUAAUUGGGUGUAUAACAAAAUGAAAAUUUUCGAAAUCUUGAAACGUCAGGUGUAAAAAAGUUGUAAGAAUAGCCAUUUCCAAAAAUAUUUUCCUGCGAAAAUAAUAAAUUUUAUCUCGGUAAAUGUACGAUUGAAAUUCAAAAAUUUCCCAGCGCAAUACCAGGCUUUUCCCAUCAAUCUGAUUUUUUAAAGAUUUGUUUUUCAGAGAUGUCUUUAGUGUCUCUCUUUCGAAAUAAAGUGUUUUAUUUUGUUGCACAUUUGCUGAUUUUCUAAAAGAAAAAUUAAUAAAGCCUUUUUUAUCAUCUCAAGAUAAUUUUUGUUGGAAAAAUUUUUCAAACUAAUUAAUUCAUUUAAUCGUUUUUUUUCUCGUUGACAGGUUGAUUCUGCGUGGGAAGAACCCUCGGCUCAAAGGGAGAGUCGAGAAGCCUACCCAUCCGGGUACGGUUCUCUUGUUACAUCCGUAACUCGAGCCCGUGAGGGAGCCGUGAGGCACAAAAUGACAAAUUUGACGAAAACUAUGACGAAUUUGACAAAAAGCUCUGCCAAUGAUGCUUCUGCCAAGCGCUUCCGGAUUAUUAAUCCGGAAGUGUUUGUCAGGGGUUCAUUCAGUCAAGACAAUAUUGACCUCUUUGGAGGUUUUGCGAAUAAUAAGCAAAGUAUGGCUAAUUCAGUUGUUGCCAUCGCGUAUGCUCACGUGCUUGAUCCAAGUUAUUGGACAAGCACUACGAUUGAUCAGAUCCUUUAUCAAGGUAACGAGGUAUAUAUUACCUCACGAGAAAAUACUUCAGAAAUGUAUCUGAUUCCGGAAGAAAUUUCCAAGAAUUUUGCAAUAAUGAACGAAAAGAUCACUCUUGAAUACGCGGUAGAUGAUCUCGCGCUUGAUUUGCAUGGAGAACUAUGCGGUAAACAUGAAUUUGGAAAUCUUCAUGUGAAAUUGAUUGCAUUCUUCGAGCGGUAUACACAUGGAGUCAUCACAUGUGGUGACCUCAGUGUUGCUGUUUUGAAGACAAGCAACAUGUUUUACAUGUUUGAUAGCCAUUCAAGGGGAUCACUAGGCAAAUUUGUGACCGAAGAUGGUACAUCUGUGCUUUGCGGAUACAGAAAUGUAUCCGACUUGCAUAAGAUUUUGAUGUACAAUCUUUCUCAGGGAGAUAUUAAUUACAAGGGAACAAGGAUGUUUGCAAUGACUGCGUAUAAAGUAGUUCCAAGCCAGAUAAAGGAAACAUACAAGAUUAAUAAAGCCUUUCUUUCAUAUGAAAGCGUCCAACGCCAAGAAUUCAAAGAUACAAAUAAAGAAAAUCUAGAAAUUGAUGUAUGCAUAGAGCAGGACGGAAACCCAGAGCCUAAUGCAGUUUUUGGUCGCGAGAUUACACGUGCUCAGAAUAAGAAGGCUUACGUAAAGAAGAUUCUAAAGUUGAAACGUAAACUGAAGAGGAUCCAUGAGAAGAGGAUGCGCAAUGAGUUACUUCACCGUAAAUAUGAAGUUUUCGGUGAUAUCUCAGACGAGAAAGUCAAGGGGGAAACAACAUUAAAAUCUCUUCCAGAGAUGAAAAACAAGAGUUUUGCAAUAAUGAUAUUGAAUCAUGAUGAUAAUUUUGCCGUAAUCCAAACUGGAGGUGGAUUCGCGAAAAAGUCAAAGCAAGCGAGAAAUGCCAACUAUUACAAACAGUUUGGUAUUGUUGUGCCACACAUUUUUGUUUGUGGCUCAUACAGUCAAGAUAAUGAAGUACUUUUUGGUUCAGAUUCAAAUAACAAGCAGUGUACUGCAUGUGCUGUAGUUGCACUUGCAUACACUCAUGUUAUUCCUGUAUCCAAUUGGAAGACUCAAACACUGGAUGAAAUUCUUUUAAAAGGAAACGAUAUAUAUAAUAUAUCUCGGCGAGCUAAUCAGUAUUUGACUGUAAAUGAAGUUUGUAAUAAAUUUGAGAUUUUGGACACAAAAGUUAGCACACAACUUGUUGAAAUUUUUAAUGGUAACGAGUUUAAUCCUCUUACUGUCGGUUUGCAAGGAGAGUUCAAAGGAAAAGAUGGACAUAAUAGUUUAGAAUUUGCAUUGGAGCACUUUUUUGAUCAUUUUAGCUGUGGAGUUUUUACAAGUACAUCUGUAUCAGUUGCAAUAUUCAAAGCAAAUGAUCUAUAUUAUUACUUUGACAGUCACUCACGUGGUGCAUUUGGACAAAUUGUGCAAGAAAACGGUACAUCCAUUUUGUGUGGAUAUACUGACUUGAUUUCAAUUAUAAAUAUAUUGAAAUACAAUUUUCUUUACGAAAAUUACGAAUAUUGUGAUAAACGCUUUUUUACUAUUACACCAAUAUAUAUUAAAACGCGCAAAAUUGAAGAUGAAAUUUCUGAAAAUAAUAGUAUGCUACACUUUGGGCAUCAUUUAAGUGAAAUCAAAGAAAAUAGUAAAAUUAAGAAUGAACCACAGAUCUCUGAGACUACAAUACCCAAAAUCCGAAAACCCAAUGAGUAUAGGAAGUCUGAAUACAAUAAAGAAUACAAAAAACAAUUGAGAAAUAGUAAAGUAUACCGUACUUCUGAAAAUGAGAACAGAAAGAGAAAACGUGUAGAAGAGCGUAAGGACGAUGCUAGGAGACAAAUUGAAAAUGAGAAGAGAAGGAAACAAGUUUCAAAACAACGUCAAGACGACACAAUGAGACAAAAGGAAAACAAAAGCAGAAAUCACAGACAUAUUGAAGAGCGUAAAGAUGAUCUAAAAAAACAAAUUGAAAACGAAAUCAGAAAGAGAAAACGUGUAGAAGAGCGUAAAGACGAUGUUAAGCGACAAAUGGAAAAUGAGGCUAGAAAGAUAAGACAUAUAGAAGAGCGUAAAGACGACGUUAAACGACAAAAGGAAAAUGAGGCUAGAAAGCGAAGACUCAAAGAAGAGCGUAAAGACGACGUAAAACGACAAAAGGAAAAUGAGACGAGAAAGCGAAGACUUAUAGAAGAACGUAAAGACGAUGUUAAGCGACAAAUGGGGAAUGAGGCUAGAAAGCGAAGACAUAUAGAAGAGCGUAAAGACGACGUUAAACGACAAAAGGAAAAUGAGGCUAGAAAGCGAAGACUCAAAGAAGAGCGUAAAGACGACGUAAAACGACAAAAGGAAAAUGAGACGAGAAAGCGAAGACUUAUAGAAGAACGUAAAGACGAUGUUAAGCGACAAAUGGGGAAUGAGGCUAGAAAGCGAAGACAUAUAGAAGAGCGUAAAGACGAUGUUAAGCGACAAAUGGAAAAUGAGACUAGAAAGUGGAAACUUAAAGAAGACCGUAGAGAUGACAUGAAACGAAGAAUUGAAAAUGAGAAAAGGCGACUGAGACAUAUAAUUGAACGAAAAAAUCCGGAUAUAAGAAGAAAAGAAAAUAUCUCCAGAAAACUUAGGAUGCAAAACAAAAGUAAGUCCAAAAAAACUAAAAAAUUUUCACUAAUAAUUAGUAGACGUAGUAAGAAUAUCAAAUCGAGAAAUAUACAAACUCGUUUUUUGAAAAAAAUUAGAAAACCAAGAGAUUCGGAUAUUAUAAGCAGAAAAAUUGAAAAGUCAAUUAAAUUAAAAUAUGCAAAUGUUGAUCAAUCAACUUUUGAAAAUCAACUUAUGAUGUUUAGAGAUAGGCUACAACGAUCACUUAAGAUCAAAUCAAAUUAUGACUACAAAAAAGUUAAAGGUACAAAUAUGAAAAAGAGAGUUAAAAGACUACAAGAUAAAAGUCGUACACUUUUAGAAUUUUUUGAAAAGAGAAAAGAAGUUCCAGAAUUCAUAUGUGGAUGCUGUGAAUGUAUAUUCUUUAAGCAUAGUGUUAGAAAAUUGAAAAUUGAUAAAUGCAAAUAUUCCAACAAAUCUGAUCUGGAAGAUUUUCUUAAGAUUUCAGAUUAUUGUUGUAAUACGUGUCUUUAUUCAUUGAAUAAAAACAAACUUCCAAAACUUGCUAUUAAAAAUGGACUGGCAUUUCCAGAAAUUCCAAAUUGCAUCAAAGAAUUGAGCGAUCUGGAAGAAAGGAUGGUCGCACCGAUUCUAAACUUUAUGGAAAUUCGCGAAUUGAAAAAAUAUAUGCUGAAUCCUCAAAAAGGUCUUAAAGGCAGCGUUGUACACGUUCCGGUAGAAAUAAAUGACAUGAUUAAAGUUUUGCCUCGUAAACCAAAUGAAAUGAAAACACUUCAAAUUAAAUUGAAGCGACACGAAGAGUAUAAGAACCAUUAUAUGUUUGAUACAGUCAGGCCUUGGAUUAUUAUAGAAGCAAUUAACUAUUUGAUAACAAAGCCACUCUAUAAGUUAGAAGGUAUAAGUCUCGAUCCCAAUUUCAUAAUUGAUAACGAAAAGAAUCAAGAGAUUCCUUUUAUAGUUGAUGUAAAUGACUAUGAUUCGAAGAAUACAGAAAAUGAAAUAACUAAAACUAAUAAUAUUAUUGAAAUAAUUGAUGAAGAAGUGACAGAACAGGUAUUGGAUGAUUCCAAUUUUCCCAGGUAUCGUAAUUUUCAAGAUAUUCGUAAUUCGACAACUUACGUUACAAAUACUCAUACUGAUAGAUUUAUUGAAAUUAUUAAUCAUAUUUUUGCGCAUAAUUUUAUGUUCCAAACUCACUUGAUUGAAGAACGAGGCCUUAAAUGGGUAACCUCAAAGGGAAGGUACAAGAGAAAUGUACAAAUUCUAUUUCUGAAACCAACUGAAAAUUCCAAAAUUGGUCAUUGGGUAACAACUCUACAUGAAAAUGGUUCUAUAAAAGUUUAUGAUUCUUUGCAUUGGAAUUCACUUAAUGAAGAUUGUAUAAAUUUUUUGAAAAAAAUGUAUCCCACAACUAUGAAGAAGAGUAAUGCCAUAACAUAUAUGAAUACGUUUCAGCAAAACGAUACUUAUUCUUGUGGUGUUCACGCUAUUGCAAAUAGUGUAGCUCUACUCAAUAAUAUUGAACCAAGUAAUCUUUGCUAUCAAGUCGAAGAAAUGAGAAAUCAUUUGGCUGAUAUGCUAGAUUCUGGUUCAAUUUCUAUGUUUCCUACAGUAUAUUCAAUACCAACGCAAGUACUUCUAAAUGUGUAUGAUAAACCAACGCAAAUAAUUGAACAAGAAACUGAAAUUGAAGAAAUAUCUGAAAUUUCUGUUUAUGAUAGACCCACUCAGAUGAUUCCUACGGUGUAUGAUCAGCCUACACAAAAAAUGUCACAAAUUUUGCAAUAUGGUGAUAAAAACAAAAAUAAUUCAGAUAAACAAGAAAAUAUAGAGGAUAUUAUAGAUUAUGGAGAUUGUGUACCAAAUGAAGAUAUAAUGGCAAUGGAUUUGAAUGAGUAUGUAACAGAAGCAAGCAAAAUUCAAAUUAUGGCCCCCGGGCAGGGGAAAAAACCUAUAUAUGCUAGUGCUAAUAAAAACUUGGAAUUCCUUUCUUUUCCAAAAAUAUAUUGUGGUGAAAAAUAUGAAAACGAAAAUAUUUAUUAUUAUCAACAAGUUAAAUCAGAACAGCUUAGAAGAGAUCGUAGAUGUUGCACUCCAACGAAAGUUUUGUACAGUUGUAACAAAAAAUUGCUACAAUCUGUUCAAAGUUCAAUAAACACGGCAUUGCGAAAGUCAAAGAAAACAGAAACAACUACAGCUUCCGACGUCCUUAGUGAAAAUAAAUUGAGUAAACUCAUUGAAAGCGAUGAUGGUUUUAGGUAUAUGAAAACUAUCUCCCUAACUCCUGGUUACCUUGCAGAUAAACAAAAUACUCUACUUGCCCAGAUUAGACAAUUGGGGAAACCACAUUUCUUUAUAACAACCACUUUUAGUGAACUGCAUUGUCCAGAACUUCUACAAAACUUGGCUAAGAAUGCAGGUCGAGACCUUUCAUUGCUAGAAAGCAUGAAUCUUGAAAAAGCAGAAAAAACGCUUCUUAUUCGUAAUGAUCCUGUAACGUGUGUUAGAUAUUUUACUCAAAAAGAUAAUAAUCUUAUGGCAUUGCUAAAAAUUGAUCCCAAUAAAAAUUAUGGAACGGGAAAAAAUAUUGUACAAAAAUGCGGUCCUUUCGAAGAUAAUUACGUUAUUGACUCUUUUGAAAGAUAUGAAUUUCAAAUGAGAGGAAGUGUGCAUUCACACAAACUUGUGUGGUUGAAAGAUUUUCCAGAAUUUGAUGAAGAAAAUACUAAAUUCACUGAUAAGUAUAUUAGGAACGUUGAAAAAUUUAUGACGUGUAAGUACGUGGAUCCUGAAAAAUAUCCAUUGAUUAAAAAGCAAAUGCAUAAACAUUCGGAAACUUGUUAUAAAGGUAAACGAAAUAUGUGUAGGUUCAACUUCCCUAUACCUCCAAUGGAUAGAACGGAAAUUCUAAUACCUUUUAGUAAAGAAGAAAGAGAGUUAAAUGAUGUAAAUGCACUUAAAGAAAUUUACAAAAGAAUUUACAAUGAAGUUAAAAAUUUUUCAAUCAAAUUUGUAGAUAUUUCUUUUGAAGACUUUCUAUUUAAGCUUGACAUAACAAGACAGCAAUAUAUAUUGGCUAUUCGAAGCGUCAUUAAGCGUCCACGCCUGUUUCUUAAACGUAGUAGUUUAGAAGUAAACAUAAAUGCAUAUAAUAGUGAUAUUUUGAAUUACACUGAAUCUAAUAUGGAUAUACAACCAGUCUUGGAGGUAAACGCUCUAGUAAAAUAUGUUGCAGAUUACGUAACAAAAUCUGACUCUGGAGUCACAAAAAUUUUGAAAGAUAUAAGUACGGAAAUUAAGGUUCAUAAAAACUAUACUUUGGAAGAGAGAUUGCGUAAAUAUGGAAAUGGAUUCCUAAAUAAUAAAUUGGUGUCCGCACAGGAAGCAGCUUAUUAUUGUCUAUCGAUUCCCAUAACUAAAUCAAGUAGAGGGUCAAUUUAUAUUAAUACUAGACCAAUUAAUGAACGAACUAGAAUAUUGAAACCAAAAAAAGAUUUGCUUAACCUUCCAGAAGAUUCUACUGACAUAUUUGCACAAGACAUUGUACAUAAAUAUGAGAAACGAAAAGGUUUGGAUAACGUUAGUUUGAUUGAAUAUGCAGCAGACUAUACAGAAGUACGCAGAAGUAAUACGGAUGACGGAAAUGUUGACGAAAUAGAAGCAAAAGAAAGAAAAUAUUCCAAAAUUGUUAGAUACAGAGGAUAUCUAGAGAAAGAUGGGGAUAAUUAUUACCGUGAGCAAAUUUUGUUGUAUUUACCAUUCCGUAAUGAAAAAACCGAAAUUGAGGAAUGCGAUCACCAAGCAAAAUAUUUUGCAAAUCUAGAUGCUAUUAAAAAAGUACGGGCUAAAUUUUCUCCUGUAUCGGAAAAUGCGCUAUCAGACGCAAUUAAUAAUCGAGAUAAUGACGAUGACACUGACAUUGAUGAUGAUCCCGAUAGAAAUCGUCCAAUACAUAAAUCUCAAGAAAUUGAUGUACUACCCCGCGAUCAAAAAACUGAUAAUCCCAAAGAUAAAUCAUAUAAACUAGUUAACCCGGUAAGAAUAUCUAAAGAUAGUUUGUUCGAAAAAUUGCAGUCACUUAAUGAAAAACAAAGACAGAUUGUAAUGCAUAUAUAUAAAUGUUUCACGUCAAAUAAUUUGCCAAUUCGAAUAUUUCUAUCCGGCUCUGCGGGCGUAGGCAAAACACGUGUAAUCAAUUGUUUGUAUCAGUUGAUUACAUCGCACUAUGAUAAUAUGCCAAACGGUAAUCCAGAAAGUAUGAAGGUUUUGGUUUGUGCACCAAGCGGUAUGGCGGCAUUUUUGAUAAAUGGUACAACUAUUCAUAGAGCCUUUGCUCUUCAAGUUACACAAAAUCAGUCAAAUACUGGUUUGAGUGAUGAUGUUGCAAAUACUAUUCGUUGUAAACUUCGUGAUGUUAAACUAAUUAUAGUAGAUGAAGUUUCUAUGGUCGGAUCUAAUACAUUUCUAAAAAUGGAUAUGCGUUCGAGACAAAUUUUUGGAGUCAAUAAAAGUUUUGGAGGAAAAUCUGUCAUAAUAGUAGGUGAUCUAAAUCAACUAAACCCAGUGAAAGAUGUGCCCAUAUAUAAGCCACCAACUAAAAGUAAUGCUAAUAUUUUUAAUUCAAACCCUCUAUGGGACGAAUUCAAAUACUUUGAAUUGACUGAAAUAAUGCGUCAGAAAGACGAUUUGGAAUUUACAAUAGCUUUGAAUAAUUUGGCCGCUGGGCGUAUGACACAGGAAGAUAUAGCAUUGAUUAAAUCUAGAACUGUUAAAGACCCUAGUGAAGUCCCUGAUGAAGCAAUUAGAUUGUUUUACAAACGUGUAAAUGUAGAUGCGUUUAAUGAACGUAAAAUUGCCGGUUUUCCAGGAGAAUUGUAUGUAUCAACUGCAAAGGAUAAAAUAGUAGAGAACAAAGCUACAAGUUCUAAACGGGAAAAAGAAAAUCUUAUACAUAUUCAAAAUAGACCCCCAACAGAUACAGGAGGACUAGUAUAUGAAUUGAAAUUGAAAUUGGGUAUAAAAUACAUGAUAAUAAGUAAUUUGGAUGUUGAAGACGGUCUAGUAAAUGGUGCAACCGGUGUAUUGCGUCAUCUAACAUUUGAUUCCUCGAAUAAUGUGUCAAUUGUUUGGCUAGAAUUCUUCGCGGAGAGAGUUGGAAAAACUCGUGCCAAGGAACAACGUUUUAAAAAUUAUAUAAAAGAAAAUAAUUUGCAACCUAAUUUGAUUCCACUUGAAAAAGAUACAGCUACUUUCUAUUUGAGUAACAAAAACUCUUCUACAGUCGCCAGAAAACAAUUUCCGCUAAUUCCAGCUGAAGCUCUAACUAUUCACAAAAGUCAAGGUCAAACAUACAAAUCUAUUUGUAUUGAUUAUACUAAAAGAGAGGGCCUAACUAUAGAUAUGGUUUAUGUAGGACUUAGCAGAGUAGAAUCACUCAAUGGAUUGCAUAUAAUUGGUGAAUUUUUUCAACCUAAUUUUUCAAAUUCGGCAAAACAAGCACAGGAAGUGAUUAAAGUACUUAGAAAUGAAAGAUUUAUUGAAGAUCAAUUCAAAGAUAUUCGUAAUCCUGAGAAAAAUAAAGUAAAGAUUUGUUAUCACAAUAUUAUUUCAUUGCACAAGCAUUUCAAAGACAUUGAUUGUGAUUCAUGGUAUAAAUACUUUAACAUUGUAAUUUUGUCAGAAACAAAAACAACUAAGAAUUUUUCUGUUCCCUGUUUUAAAAAUUAUAAAGUUCUUUAUAGACAAGAUAAUGCAAUAAGAAACAUUGGAGGCCUCCUUUGUUACGUGAAAGAUGAAGACAACGCUUUGUUUAAAAUACUAACGGAAGAUAUCAAAACUGAUCUCACGAAAAAGUUUACUUUAAGUCUUUUUGUUAUAGAAUAUCAAAACUAUCACAAUAAUUUUUAUAUUAUUACUGGAUAUAAAUCUCCAAAAGUUCCUUUUGAUGUAUUUAAAGCAUCAUUUGAAAAUGUUUCUUCUAAAAUACCUAAAUAUAGUCAAAUUAUUGUUAUUGGAGACUUUAAUUUUAAUGUCUCUUCGCAUAAAACAGAUGAGAAAUUUUUAAAAUACAUUAACCAGUACGGCUUGCAAAAUAAUCUGGAUGCUGAUCAAUCCACAACGAAAUAUGAUAGUCAAAUAGAUAUAGUUUUUUCAAAUAUUUUGUCAAAUAAUUUCACCGCAGGUAUAUAUGAUAGUUAUUUUUCUGACCAUCGUCCUGUUUAUUGUACAGUAGGAAUAAUAGAAGAAAAUAUAUCACCCGAUAAAACAGAUAAUGUUCCAGAAAAGCAACCUUCGAAUAUCACCCAAAUUUUGCCAUUAACAAAUACAUCAGAUGAUAAAAAUUCUGUAAAAAAUAAGACUUUCUCUCAAGAAAUUGAAUCUAAUCCCAUGAAUACAGAAAAUAGUAACGUGACUAAUAACGUAGAAAACCAAAAUUGGCCAGCUAAUAUUUUACAUGAAAAUGGCAGAUACUUGUGGGAAGUGGAAGAUAUAAGUUUUCAAAAUCAAUUUGUAGAAUUGCAACAUAUAUAUCGCUUUAUGGAUAUUCUACAUGCAAAUUAUCCCGAUUACAGAAAAAUUAAUCCAACGUAUGGAUUUAUCGAUGAUCAUGAAGGUAAUGAUAAAUGUCCAGUAAUUCAACCAAACGAAAAACAUCUACAGUUUAUAAUUAGUUAUGAUCGACAUGCAAAUUUUAUUGGGCAUUGGACACUCGCGAUUUAUAACGGUAACAAUAGAAUUAAUUAUUAUGAUUCCAUGAAUGGUGAAAUUCUAAAUAGAGAAGCAGAAAGACUUCUAAGCGCAUUGCACCCACAUUUGAAACCAUUGAGAAAUUUUCUUACAUUUCAUUCUGUAAUGAGACAGCCAGAUAAUAUAAUGUGCGGAAUUUUCGCUAUUGCUAAUGCAGUUAGUUAUAUUUUAGGAAUAAAUCCAUGUGAACAAAAAUAUGACAUUAUGCGCAUGAGAAAUCAUCUAAAACAAAUACUAGUUGAAGGGGAAAUUUUACCUUUUCCUACAAUGUAGUAAAAUGACACUUUUAAUUUUAAAUUAUAAAGCUAAGGAGAAUACUCCAAAAAUUAUUAAGAAAAACUAUCUAUCAAGUAGAAUUAGAGAGCAUGUGGGGGGGGGGGUUCGAGCAUACAGAGGUGAACCAACAUAACAGGUAAAUAUAAAUUAAUUUAAUAAUGUCUAUUCAGAAUAAUAUUUCUAUCUUUUCAGAUUUUUUUGGAUUCUCAAAGGGAUAGGAUGCGUCUCAAAUAGCCUCUCCUAUCCAACUCCUCGUCCGCACCUCCCCGUUGGUAGAAUCUGGGCGCUUAAGGCGGCAGACGCGGAAAGGGGGGAGGAUUAUGAUUCAGACUUCUGUUUGACACGUAUUCCUCUAAAAAUUAUUAAUGAUUUUUUAGUGAUUUGUAUAAAUUAUUGAUUAGUUUUGAAACUAUGUAUAAGAAAAUAUAUAAAUUUCAAAAGUUACAAAAUUUUUUAAAAUAAAAUAUUCAUGUUCCGCGUAGAGGAUGAAAGAUUUAUAAAAUUAAUGUACAACUUAAACCGUUCCCGAGAUAUUGCCUUCAAAACAUUUCUUAGGGGAUAACUUUUCUUCUUUUCCCGAAUUUGCGCAUAUUUAAAUUUAUUUGCGUUCUAGUUUGCUCUCACAAAAUUGGUACACUGAAAGAAACACAGCUCUCGUAAGCUUGGUCAGCUUACCAGUACAUUUUUCAUUAACA